AGUUAUAAACAUUAUAUUAUGUUAGCUAACGUUAGCAAAUCUGGAUUGAAUUGGCUAGUUUACGUUAGCUAGCUAGUGGUUUCUCACCUGGCUGGAAAACUGAUCGGUAGCUAACUAGUUUGUCAGUCAAGGGAUGUGAUAUACCUUGCCAGAAGAUACCGACCCAACCGUUACGCUUGUUUAAGACUUGAACUGCAUUGAGGUCGGAACGCAAUCACUAUCGCACGGCAAGCGGUACCAUAGCGCCAAGUCUAGGACCAAAUGGCUCCAUAACAGCUUUACACUCUCUUCCAUUUGUUUUGUACACUGCUACUACUUGCUGUUAUCUAUGCAUAGUUAUUUCACCCCUACCUACAUGUACAAAUUACCUCAACUAACCUGUACCCCCGCACACUGACUCGGUACCGGUAUCCCCUGUAUGUAGCCUUGUUAUAAUUACGUUUUUAAAUUAUUUUUUACUUUAGUUUAUUUGGUAAAUAUUUCUUAACUCUUCUUGAACUGCACUGUUGGUUAAGGGCUUGUAAGUAAGAAUUUCACGGAGUGAACAAAGAGGGACACUUUCGGACAGCUUUUAAGUCGGGCUCCUGGUCCAACAGCAGUGAAAGAAAGGUGAAAAUGAGGGCCAAAUAUGGCUGUCAGAUCCGAGGAGAGGCUCCUCUGAGAUGGGGCAAUAAAAAGCGAGGCCAGCCUCUUUCCCUGUCCUCUGUCUCUGAGUCCUCCAUGGGUAGAGGGCAGCUCCAGUUCGCACCUGAAGCCACAGUCCCAUCCCCCAGCCCUGCCACUCGGCAGCAUCUCCUCACCACCUCGCAGGCACUCUCUGAGGUGACCCAGGCUAAGAGCAGGGCCUCUCUGAAGGACCUCUGUCCCGAGGAUAAACGGCGCAUCGCCAACCUCAUCCAGGAGCUGGCCAGAGUGAGUGAGGAGAAGGAGGAGUCGGUACAGAGGUUGAAGGAUGAACAGGAGACCUUUGAGUGCAAGAUUCUACAGCUGGAGCAGCAGAACCAGCUCAUUGUACAGGAGAGAGAGAGCCUACAGCAGCAGUACCGGGAGUGCCAGGAGCUGCUGGGGCUCUACCAGCAGUACCUCUCUCAACAGCAGGAGAAACUCAACCAGUCUAUCACCCAGCUCAGCCACUCCUGCAGCUCCCACUCUAACUCCCACAGAAAGGCCCCCAGCAGUGAGGUAGGCUCCACCAAGCCUAGCAGGGCAGAGAUAGCCACAGCCUGGGAUGGCUCCUACCUGGGCCUGCCCACUCCUGGAGGAACAGGGACAAACGGAGGGGGAAGAGAGAGUGGCAGAGGAAGAGUCCCGUACCUCAGUCCUGCCUCUCUCUCAGACGACCUCCACUUAGCCACCUCCCCUCCCUCCUCAUCCUCUAGCAACCAAUCCCAGGGACCAAUCAAAUGCCAGGGUUGCCGAGGAGUAGGGGCCCGUAGCAGACGGGAGCAUCUGGUCAAUGGGGGGUUUCCCCAUAGAGGGGCCACAGAAGACCUUCGACUGGGCAACACCAGCCCACGGCUCCACAGCGGCUCUGGUGAACCAUCCGAAGACAGCAGACGUCUACCUAGACCCCGGAAGUUACUACUCGAAGGGGACCCAGCGUGGCAGGGAGCAGGGUCAGAGAGGGACCUGACUGCGCCCCUCCUGGACUGGGAGGAGAGGAAGCACCAGCUGCUCCUGCAGAAGCUGCAGCUGGAGGUGGAGAGGGAGCGGCUGCAGGCGCGGCUGGCGCAGCAGGAGGAGAGGCUGAUCAGACAGAACCAGCAGCUCCUCCACACGCGCCUCGAUUACAGCAGGUUCCAGCAAGCCACUGCAGCUGAACUCGGCCAUUCCAUGUCCAGAAACGGGACUGAUCCUUUACCCAAUGAACAUGUGUUACUCAGUGAAAUGAGAGGGUGUGACGAUGCAGAGGACUUGGGUGAAACAGCAGAACAAGAAGCUCCUCCACUCAAAGAACAUACUGCACACAUCCCCCUGCAAAACUCCAUACAUUUAUCUGAGCCCUGUCAUAACAAUUCCAGGAGGGAUAUGGCCACCUCUCUUGUGGUGUCCCAGAGCAGACUCAAAGCCACCCCAGCACCAGUGAUGCCUCCCACGCUACGUAGGACUCACGAUGCAAGGUUGGACUCCUCCUUGAUUGAGUUGUUGGAGGUCUUCAGUCCCAUCUCUGUGCCCAAGCGAGGCAACCCUCCCCGACGCCCGCCCGCCCCCAGUGCCCCCAAACCAGCCCACCAAGCUCUGCUCUCCCGUCCUGGCCCCUACCGGACCACCCAGCAGGACCUGGAGGAGAGCCAGAUACUGGAAGAAAUCUUCUUCAUUUGCUGAGGGGGUGGGGGAUCCGGGGGUAGGUACCCUGAGAAAAAUAUGAACAUUUAAAUCAUUCUUAAUCAUUUACUUGAUAUUUACAGUUGGCUCUAAAAUCAAGAUCAGUGCCUUCUGUUUGCCUUACAGUUGGAAGUUCCAAAACAAUCAUGAUUUUGUUCAUUAUACUAUUGUGUGUUUGUAAUGCAAUACCUUUUUUAUAUUGAAUAUAAAUAGUCUGUAAUUUAUUUAAUAUCUUUGUGUAGUGGUCCCCACAUGUAGAGACAUGGUCACCCACAAAGUAGCUAAAUGCGCUAUAAUUGUACUGAUAUAUGGAUUUCUUAUAACUUCAACAUAAAUGGUCAAAUGUUUGUAAAACUUUUGUGUGUUCCACUGACCACCUUGGUCACAUUAUCUCAGAGAUAGACACAUUAGGAAACUGAAGUAUUACUAGAACUGGGUAAUAUUCAUUAGGGCAAACUGUAGCAAAACAUUUUAAUUUUUUUAAAGUCUUACAUUUGGUGCCUAAUGAAUAUGACGCUGUUCAAGGCACUUUUAGAAUAUGCAGUAAGUUUGAGUCAAGACAGGUGUAUUCUAGACUGUGCUUUAUUAUUGAGCUAAGCUGAGACGCAUCAUUCAUUAAAAUUACAAAAGAGUCCAGGGACCAGAGAAGAGGGCCGGAGCCUAAAGCGCAUUAAUCAAUGAGAAGCCUACCUCAUCAGACAUGGCAAAGCUCAACACGUAACAUUCAAUUCCCCAUCCCCUUCAUGUGCUGAAAUUGUCUUCAGAAUACUUUUGAAUCCAUUGAAGAAGUUAAUGUUAUUCUCCUAAGAACACUAGCUUGUAGGAAUAAACACUUAAUAACAGCAUUGAAGGUAGAAUAAAUGAUCAGAAAUUUGGUAACAAUAUUUGAUGAAAUAGUGCAGUUUUUGAUGGGUGUUUUACCCUGGAUAGAACUGAACACUUGCACAACACCAGAGCUCUAUAAGACAUUAAAAAAAUAUAUAACAUGAUUAAUACAGAACUCCUAACACCUCAAAAUAAGGGACACAUUGUACGUGGGAUUUAUAAUUAUUUUAAUUGUAUUUUUUAUUCCAUCCUUAUUUUACCAGGUAUUAUAAUUACUAAUUGGCACUAAUCAGCUAAUUACGGUUUCAAAUAAGCAGCAACGAGAGGCAAUUCCUCUGUCAUGGAUAGACAUCCAAUUUUAGCAACCUUAGUUUACUACUUGUCCUUAUAGGCUAUGUAAUAGCCUAAUGUUUAUCCCAUAUUUUGAAGUGUUACAAGAGCUUAGACAACAGAGCAGUGUUGAAACGGAAUGAUAAAACAGCAAAGGUCCAUUCAAAUUGUUCAACACAUUCACAGCUAACAAGGUUUUGAUGUUUUUCUGGAAAGGUUUAAUUGUAUUUAUUUACAUUUUGAAACAGUAAAUUGUCAUGUUAUUGUCAUUGCAACCUAUAGGCUGCCACAUUUAGCUGAAUUCUCAAUUUGAAUGUGAACAUUUACAAAUAUACCGCAAUUUGAAUGGACUUAUAAGCAUUAAUCAUCUAGAAAGAUUGACCAGUUGAGAUACAUUUAAAUACAUUUGGGUAAUGUGUGGUAUGAUGAAGUAGAACAGUAGAGCUCUGAUAUUGAAUAAAACAGCAUCACAAAUGGAAAAAGAACAGCAGAAAAACCUCAGAUUACUUAACAAAACAAUUGUCAAAUAUGAGCAUAAUCUCUAUUUCUCAGUUUAUUGUUGGAGUCGUGAUCCUGUAGACAAUAACAGUAGUCAACAAUGUACCACAAUGUAGGCCUAUACGUGAAUAUAAAAAAACGAUUUGGUCACAUACCAACUCAUAAAAAAAAUAAUGCCAUGAAAUCAUGCAUAUCGUAUCGUUUGUAAACAGAAGUAAUAAAUACGUAAAUAAAUAAAUUAAAGACACCCCAAAAUACUUGUAUAAAAAGGUCAAUGCUCUAAUUGAGUUCUAUGCUCUCCCUGACUUUUCUGGUUAAAUGCCUAGGUCAGGUCCUACAGUUGUACCAUAUGCCUAUGGACUCUUUUUAAAAACCUGGUUUAAUUUCUUGUAGGUUUUCGUUCAUCUUUUUAAAGUAUUUAAAGUUGAAUUUUUAUUCAGUCCUUGUAGAUAGAAGUAAAAGUCCUAUAAAAUAUGCAAACCUAUGUACAGAGGAAAACAGAGCAACAAAAACAUUUACAGUAUAUUCAUCGGUUUAUGUAUAUAUUUAUAGAUAUUUAUAUUCAAACUUCUGUUUGUUUCUCAUUGUUUUUUAACCACUGUUCUCUCAAUUUAUAUGUAAACAGUUGCAGCUGAAAGUUAGAGCUUGUGAAAGAGGUGCUCAAUUCCAGUCAUUCCUCUGCCUUCAUUCGCUCGAUUAGAAAACAUUGGGAUAGGUCUAAGAAACGCACUAAUAGCUCUAUAGCCUACUUGAAAGGCAAAGGGAGUUUCCAUGAUAUUGCUGACACCUAUCCAGUACUCUCAGGUCUUGGAAUUCGGUUGAAACUAAGCAGAGAGAGGGGAGCAAGCAGGGAAAUAAGACAAAACAGAACAAAAUGGUGAGUAAGGGAUGAAUUUCAAGGGGAAAGUGUACAUGAAAGGAGGGAGAGAGUGAGCUGAGUAAAAGCUGGUAUUGAAGUGACUUAGGAUUCAAAUCCUAACUUGAGAUACUCAUAAAACUUUGAAUUUCAAGUAAAUCAUAAAUUGAUUGAUGCCAAUGGGAACAUCUCAAGAGCUCAAGAUAGGGUUGACCGUUGAUAAAUAAUGAAGAGAGGUGUUUUGGAAACACUGGACUUGACAAACCCAGAGAAAUAUGGAUGUGUCAAGGAGAGUUUUAGGCCUGUUUGCAUCGGGGGGGGACAGGGUGAGAUGGACCUUGUUGCAGGGAUGUAGUAGAGGCUAGUUGCAGGUAAAAACAGUUUUGAUAUGAUGUUUAGCAGUUAUGCACCUAGUGCGCUGAAUUAACACUGUUAGUAUUGGCGUUGGGAUCUGCCUGGCAGUCUCGACCGGCAUUCAGUGUUUACCCACCUUUUAUUUACCACUACAUCCUUGUCUUAGGAAAGGUUAGACGCAGGCACUGGAAUGGUGUGGCGAGAAACAGUUACAGAGCUCCAUACAACAAUGGCUGAAUUGGUGCUGGCUGUUUACAUUAAAAAAACACUUCCUGGUUUCUUUGUGUACAGUAGAAAAAACACUUCUCUAGGUCUGCAGUUUGUUUUAACAUCAUGAAACUUCACCAAUAAGUUAUAACCAUACAAUUCACAAUGACAGGCAUUUUAACCUCUGUUAUCAUCAAUUUAAUUUAGACCAAACCUAAUGGAACACAACCUCAAGGUUUCUUAUACUUGCACAGCAUUUCCAAGCACUCCCUUUAGUUAGUACGUGUUCUCGCGGAGAGUACAUAAUGCCCACUUUGAUAGAAAGUGUAAUGACAAAUAAACAUCACAAUUAGUCUGUGAUUGUCCGAGUACUUAAUGCUAGUCCAAGUAGUUCAUGGUACUUUAUGGAUGUUUGAGAGGACAUUGAUGGUCUUAACAUCUGAACGAUUUGUUAGCUUUGACAUGCCUUACUGCUAAAGCUCUCUAUGGAAAUGUGAAAUGACAUGACUGAUGCGACUUGCAGUAUUGACAUCAUCGUAGUGCGUUGGCUGCUUACAGUAGUGUUAUGAGUAGGGUUGCAAAAUUCCUGGAACGUUCACUAAAUUUCCUGGUUUUCCAGAAAUCCUGUUCGGAGGAUUCUGGAUGUCCUGCUUAUUCCCUCCUUAUUCCAGGAGUCCUCCAACCGCGAUUUCUGGAAACCUAGGGCACAGUGCUUGAGAGCACAGUGCUUGAUGGCAGAUUCUGCAGGUGACAAGGCACACCUGUGGUGACAGCCCAUACGCUAUAUGCACUUACUUACUGAAUGCAAUUAAGAGAGCGAAAAGGUCAUGGUAUUCAUUUAUUUUGGUUCAUGUUUCAAAGAGCACACUUAGUUUGUACAUGUUAAGUUUGUGUAGUGUACUGUGAAGUUAAAAAGAUAGGUUUGGAAUCGAGUCGAAGAUGUUUGUCCUUUACCUCUAAUAUUAAUUUAGCCUGAUUUCUCUUUGAGCCUGCUACUGAGAAGUGGCUUUUUUGCAUUUUCAAAUAGUAUGUUCACCUAAAUAUGUGAAUCUUCACAUCAAGUGGAGGCUGCUGAGGGGAGCACAGCUCAUAAUAAUGGUUGGAACGGAGGAAUGAAAUGGCAUGGAAACCAUGUGUUUGAUACCAUUCCACUGAUUCCGCUCCAGCCAUUACCACGAGCUCAUCCUCCCCAAUUAAGGUGCCACCAUCCUCCUGUGCUUCACACAUAUAUUUAGGAAUAUGUGUGUAUCAGCAUAUAUAGUUUAUCAGAGAGAGGAAUGACUGCAGUUUUGGGAGCUGCCAGAUUUGCGCCUCUUCCUAAGCAGAGCAGUGUUUCAAACUCCAGCUAAAAUCUACAAAAAAAUGACAGCUCAACAUAGUCAAUAGCCGUUCUAUAUACAGACACACAUACAUAAAAUAUGUGCAUAUAAAUACAUAUAUUAUUUUGAUUAAUAUCUUUAUCCAUAUAUACUGUAUAUAUGUGUAUAUAUAUAUAUGAAUACAUUAGCUUUAAUGUGUGUUAUACAUAUACAGUACCAGUCAAAAGUUUGGACACACCUGUAGUAACCAAAAAAGUGUUAAAAAGUGUCAAAAUAUAUUUUAGAUUUUAUAUUCUUCAAAGUAGCCACCCUUUUCCUUGAUGACAGCUUUGCACACUCUUGACCUCGCAACCGGGAGGUCCGUGGGGCGACGCACAAUUGGCAUAGCGUCGUCCGGGUUAGGGAGGGUUUGGCCGGUAGGGAUAUCCUUGUCUCCGUAUGUAAAAUGUAAUAAAAUGUAUGCACUCUACUGUAAGUCGCUCUGGAUAAGAGCGUCUGCUAAAUGACUAAAAAUGUUU